AAUGCUAAUAAUAAUAAUGAUAAUAAUAAUAAUAAUAAUAAUAAUAAUAAUAAUAAUAAUAAUAAUAAUAAUAAUAAAAGCAAUGAUAAUAAUGAUGAUAAUGGUGAUGAUGACAAUGAUAAUAGUAAUAACAAUGAUACUAACAAUAACAAUGAUAAUAAUAACAACAACAAUGAUGAUAAUAACAGCAAUAGUAAUAAUAAUGAUAAAAAUAACAAUGGUGACGAUAGUAAUAAUAAUAAUAAUAAUAAUGAUAAUAAUAAUAAUAAUAAUAAUAAUGAUAAUAAUAAUAAUAAUAAUAAUAAUAAUAAUAAUAAUAAUGAUAAUAAUAGCAAUGAUGAUAAUGAUAAUAAUAAUAAUAAUGAUAAUAAUAAUAAUAAUAAUAAUAAUAAUAAUAAUAAUAAUAAUAAUGACAAUGAUAAUAAUAAUAAUAAUAAUAAUAAUAAUAAUAAUAAUAAUAAUAACAGCAAUAAUAAUAAUAAUAAUAAUGAUAAUAAUAAAAAUGAUGAUAAUAAUAAUAAUAAUAAUAACAACACUAAUAAUGAUAAUGAUAAUAACGAUAAUAAUAACAAUGAUAAUAACAAUAACAAUGAUGAUAAUAACAGCAAUAGUAAUAAUAAUAAUAAUAAUAACAAUGCUAGUAAUAAUAAUGAUAAUAAUAAUAAUAAUAAUAAUAAUAAUAAUAAUGAUAAUAAUAAUAAUGAUAAUAAUAAUAAUAAUAAUGAUAAUAAUAAUAAUAAUGAACAAAAGUAUAAAUCGCACCGCAACCCCACUGCGGCCUCUAGUCACCCAUUCCUUAAAGCAAGCACACAGCAGCAAGCACACAGCGCGAGGGAGUCUCUGCAUCAGCGGAAAAGGAAGAAGUGCUUUCGAAAGCGACCCCCGCAAUACAAGCAGACCAAAUGA